CGAGAAUCCGACAAAGACCCGACCAUGAACCGAGUGUUUUCCGGAAAGUCUUUCUAACCGGUUUCAAAAUGGCGGAAGCCAGAGAGGAAAAGUCUGACAAAGAAUCGUGGAUUCCAGCCACACGGCGGCCUGAUGGUACAUGGAGAAAAGCUCGCAGAGUUAAAGAAGGAUAUGUUCCCCAAGAUGAAGUAGAAAAAUACGAAAGUAAAGGUAAAAAAUGGGUAAAUUCAGGACCCCAACUGCCUCCAGGUCUUCAUGUGGAUGAACAGAAAAGUUCAAAAAACCAUAAAAAACAUGAUCGUAAGAAAAAGAAAAAAGACAAUGAACAAAAUCAAGGCUCUUUAGAUCGAGUUAAUAAGGCAGUUGAAGAAAUAAGUUUAAACACAAGUGAAAGCAGAGCAAGUAACUUGUACACAAGUGAUCCUAACGAGGUAAAACAGAAAAAACUAAAAAAUCUCAAAAAGAAAUUGCGACAAAUAGAAGAGUUACAAAGUAAAAUAGAUUCUGGGGAAGUAACGAAACCAGAAGCGAAUCAACUUGAAAAACUGGCGAAACGAACUGAAUUUGAAGAAGAAAUCAGAGCCCUUGAAAAAGAUCUUGGCCUUUGAAGCUACUGCAAAAACCUACAUGUCCAUCUUGGUGCUUUGACUGGAAAGGAAGCUUAACAAGACUGGUCUAAAGCAAUUGCCUGUGGAAUUAAUGUAAAAGUCACAAUACCCUUUAGAAGUACAAAUGAAGCAACAGAUGAAACUGGUCUGAUUUCGUAUGUCGUAGUUUUUGCUCCUUAGGUUUUUGGUUGGUCAAAAAUAUUUAAAUUAUAGUAUAAACAAAGAUACAAGAUGGUCAAGAAAGCAAAUAACAGACAGAUGUUAAUUGAACAGGUGUGCGUAUUAAUGUCUUCAGAAAGGGAUAUUCUGUUUGUGCAAGGAAAUUUAAAAAGCCACCUGUAUGUGAAUUGCUGAAAGUACCAAGAAUUGUCAACCAUGGAAGUAAAUAAAAGCACAAAAACAAACAAGAACUAGAACUCAAGUUGGAUUUAGCAGUGAAUAGUAACAGGUGAGUAUGAAAACAUGUAUUAGGUUAAUUCCUAUAGAGCUGUCCUGCAUGCAUGUGGUCCUGUGCAAGCUACUCAGAACUGACUGGUAACGUAGAGUAAGUUGUAUAGGUUUUAAUUUUUCUGAUGGCUUCUCAUCACGUAUGGUAUUGUAUAAAGGCUGGAUAAAGUUAACUACUUUUUAAAGUUUAUCACUCUUUUCCAUUGAAUAGAAAUGUUGAAGCUAAGAUUCUCACUGCAUUCUCACAAUACACUUGAGGGUCUAGCAUGAUUGGAACUCUCUCAAGAUUAACUCUUGUACCAGUGAACUAUUGGUUCCUAGGUUACUAUGGUAACCAGAAUUUGUCCCUUAUAAGAUAUAAAAUGAUGAAUAUUAUAAAUGUUGGUUCUUGAAGAGUAUAUGUAAUUUGCUUGAUUUCCUGGCUCAUUUCUGAGCUGAAUAAUGAGUUAUACAUUCAUGAUUCUUAUACAGCUGAGUACAUCCACCUGAAGUAAUGCAUGAAUCAAUAAGUUAAAAUAGCUGUCUUAAUAAAACACCCUAAGACUUUUAUAAUCAUAAUUAAAAUUUAAUCAUAUUUCAUCUGAUAUUUGGUCCUGCUUUUUAACAUUGUUGCAGGAUAUAUUUUAUAAAUAAAUAAUUUAUUUAUGAUUGUG